CGCGCUCCCGCGGAAGUACCGAGUUGGAAAAUAGAGGUUAUGCUGCAUCGAGCACCGCGGGUGAAGGAGAUUUACAUGUAAAUACAAGUACAGCCAUGAGCUGAGGCUCCCCAAACCGGCCUUUCUCCAUGAUGAACGACAAGCUGGUGUUCCUGGGUCUGCUGUACUUCAUCCAGGGCAUUCCUUAUGGCCUGCAGUCAUCCCUGCUCCCAGUUUACCUGCGUGGUGCUGGUCACUCCCUCACCCGCAUCAGCCUCACCAAAAUCCUCUACUUCCCCUGGGUGCUCAAAGUCCUCUGGGCCCCCCUGGUGGACCGGACAGGCACCAAACGCUGCUGGUUGGUGGGCACAGUUGCGGGUUUGGCCAUGACCUGUUUGUUAAGUGCCACCAUCUCACCUGAUGUUCAAUACAUGAGUGUCGCAGGCUCUUUGCUUGCAAUGAAUGUGCUGGCAUCUGUACAGGACAUAGCGGCGGAUGGAGCUGCAGUUCGGCUGCUCAGGGGGCAGGGAGAGGUUGGUCUGGGUAACACGGUGCAGGUGGUGGGCUAUAAAGCCGGGUCUGUGUUUGCUGGAGGGGGGCUCCUGGCUGUGAUUGAUGUUGCAGGCUGGGGAUGGAUGUUCGCUCUGCUGGCCUGCGUUUACGGUGGCGUCGCUUUGUUCGUUUGGGGAGCCCCGGUGUUGGAUGGAGAGCCGGCGCGGGGACAGGGAGAAGGACGGAGAGGGUCAAAGGAUGUCAUGCAGCCCUGGAAGGUGUGGAAGAAGCUGUUGUCCGUGCCAGGAACACCAUGGACGAUGUUCUACGUCCUCACGUACAAGUUAGGUGAACAGGGGGCGAUCACCAUGUUUCCUCUCUUCCUGCUGGACCACCACAUGACAGCCAGAGAGCUGGGGGUCUGGAAUGGGGUUGUUGCCAUGGCCUUUUCCAUCUGCGGCUCAUCAAUUGGGGGAUUUUUGCUCUCUCAGUACAGUAUUGGCCUGUUGAUGAGACGUGUGUUUAUGAUGCGGACAAUAGGCAUGGUCUUCCAGAGCUCACUUCUCGUAGUGCUGGAGCCCUCACCAAUGAUGAAAGUUAUGGCGGUGCUGAGUCUGAGUUUGCAGCAUUUCAUCGCGGGUCUAAUCACCACUCUGACUUUCACCACGAUGAUGAACUGCACACAGAGAGCCGAGGAAAGCAUACAGGCUACCCACUACAGUUUUCUGGCCACUUUGGAGGUUCUUGGGAAGCUGAGUUUUAGUGCCCUGGCUGGAGGAAUGGUGGACACUGUUGGCUUUCCCAUAGCUUUCAUCCUCUUCCUCUUCCUCACCUCCAGCAGUGCCCUGCACGUGUGGAGAGCCACAGAGACCGGAGUCCUGAAGGAGCAGCUCAAAGAACAGCCAAAGUGACCGAUGUGAGCCUUUCACAGUCAGAGGAAUGACACAGGUCACCAAUUAACCAGUGAUGCCAACGUGUUCUUUUUAUUUGCAGUUAUUUAAGACACAACCAGCAAUGAAUAUGAAAAGAGGCACACAAACACUCUCUAUAUCUCCAAAAAAAAGCCAGUAUCUCUGUGAAAAACACUGCAAUAGUUAAACAGCAACACUGCGCCUCUGCAGUCAAAUAGCUUUAAAGGCUCUUGCUUUUCAACAACAAUGGCAAGCAGACUAAGCUGUGGCAACUAUGAUUUAGUCUGUCUCAAGGAGAACAGUCAAUCAUUUUAAGAAAUUAGUAAGCUAAAUGGUUAAUACAUUACGUUUGCUAUAAUGGACAAUAUUAUUCAGAGCAAUUUAACUGUUUAUAAAUGCUUGAUAAGGGGUGUAGUCUAGUUUGGUUUAGUUAAACACAAUAGCCAUUUAUAUGUUUCUUUAAAUACAGUGUGCAUUCAUCUUAAAAUUACUUUUUUGGGAAUCUGAUGCCCUCUAGAUGUUUUCCUUUUAUAAAACAUCAAGUUUAUUGACCAAUAAACAAAAUACAGCUUUUUAAAGACUUUAGAUUGAGUUAUGGUACUGUGCUAAGUAGCGUGCUUUUUGUAUUCUCAGUGCAAUAUUUAUAUUAAAGGGGUCAUAUCAUGGAAUAAUGAAUAUUGCUGUUUCAGGUUCAGUGUAGAAAAAUAUUAUACAUUAGAUAUUUAUAAAAAUAUAUAAUUUAAAAAAUAUAUAAAUGAUGAUAAACAAAAUUACCAAAUACAUUCCUGAAUACGCAUAAAAGAAGUGAAAUUAUUUCACUUGAUAAUGCAGUGCAUCUCAAACAUUGUGUUAAAGGGAUGGUCCAGACUAUAUUUUAAGGCUUGGUUGUGUUUAUAAGAUGCAAAGCAAUGUGGGCUUAUGCUUCAUUUGUAAAAAUCACGUAAUUAAUCUUACUUUGAUUAUAUACUGCUACUCUGCUAACAUGAAAGCGACUGUCAUAUUUCCUACUUCCUCUGAAAGGUCCGCCAUCAAAAGGCUCUGCUUGUUCAGCCAAUGGUUCAGCAAUGAUUUGCGGAUUGGCUCCAUAUCACCUGGAAAAGCGUCACGCCUCUGAUAGCAUGCGAUUUUGCUCAGUGUAAACACUGUCAGUCAGAGUAGCUGUUAGCCAUAUCAGUUUGAGCCUGAAUCAGACAGAAAAUAACACAGAGGACACAGCUAAACCUCACGCCUGCUCUGAAACGUUCACAUAUCUUUUGCGAGUUUGUUAUUUGAGAUGUACUGUAGAGCACAUGGAAAGCGUCCACAUAGAGAGAUACUGCAGCGCCGGUGAAGAUUGUGGUUGUUUACAGCGGUUUGACGGAUAAAUCUGAAUUUGUAGCUAAAUUGUUAAUGGUGUCAAACAGCAUUUCUCGUUGUCUACAUCCGUGUUUAGGUCCUUGCUACAACAUGCUGUCAACACUAGAAACUGUGCAUGUAUUAAUUCAAUUAAUAGCAAAUCAAUUUUAGCAAAUAAAAAUACUUACAGGUUGUGGCUCACAAUCCACAGCUUCGUCUAUUGUGGUUGAAGGAGUUUUUAGCCGAAUCCAGCACAGAACUGGAGAGAUUCUGGAAGCUGUCAUUUGUCAAAUGCUAGCUAUAUAUUUUAAAAUAAUUUUCUGGAACAUAAUUAAAAUUAAACUGUAAGCACGUCUCUCUUUUGUGUUAUGUCCUUCCUGUAUUUGGAAUCCCAAAUACAGAAAUGGAACAAGCUCUGUGGAAAAGCAGCUUUUGAACGGCAUUACAGUGUCGCUGGCCACACCCCUUUGCUGCAUGGGUUUGUGAUCUCAUUAGCCCGGAUGUAUGUUUUUGUAGUCCCCAAACUUCGUUCGCGGUAGGCUUUGCUAAUCUAAGCCAGUUGCUCCCUUUUUGAGCGUAUUACAACCAGAGAUGUUGUUUAUGUUCACACAGCUACAUUACACAUGAACUAAAGUUUAAAAUAUGAGAUCGUAGUGGACCACCCCUUUAAUGAUUCUAAAAAUAUCUGAGCUAAUGUCUGUCAUCAGAAAGAUGUUAUAUAAUCAUCUCCCAGAAUUAAUCUCCCGCAAAUCAAAUUUAAGUAAAUUGAACAUAAAACAGUUAAGUUAUCCAAAUAAAAUCUCAAUGUUUGGGUUGUUUCAGCUCAUUUUAAAAAAAUAGUAUAAACAAGCAGUAAAAAAAUUUUUGCACCCAGCUUCAAAUUUAUGGCAACAUGGCAUCAAUUGUGUUUGCCAUUUAAAAUGCAAUUAUUAUGAGCUACAGUGGUUUUCCUGCUUGUAGAAACUUUUUAUUUCUUGAAAUAAUGCUCUAGUGCUUUUACAGUGCUUUAUUCACAAAGGUUUUGUGUUUUUGUUCUGUUGCUGCAAUCAAACAAUUAUGUUUACUGCUUUAUCAAACUACAGGUACUCAUUUAAAAUGAGAUGAACACAAUUCUUGAGGGUAUUUUAUGGACAAAUUAAUUGUUUUAUGUUCAAACCACUUAAAUUUGUAAAAACAAAUUAGUUAAUAAUUCAUGUUGUACUUACAGUGUGGUCGUUUUUUAGCAGCUAUGACUCAGUUUGUCCUUCUUAGGAUUAUUUGUAAAUGUUUGGAAAGAGUUGCCCCACAUCAAUGUGACUCAACUGUUUCUCAAUGCACAGAUGGUGUUUGCAUACAGUAUGAGUGUCUUAUAGGUACAACAUCCAACAACUCAUCCAGAGAGAUCACAGCUAAUUCAAUUACGACUGAACUAAAUCAGGUUUGUUUAUGAUGAAGGAAACUUGACUGACACUGUAAAUGGACCUCAGGGAAAAAUAUGUUUGUAAAAGGAUAUGACCCCUUUAAUGUCUGUUAAAUACUGUACAUUGACAGUUAAACUCAUCAAGCUCAUUUUUGAGCUGACACUGUAUUAUUUGAAAUGUUGAAUUUAUUUGAUGUUUUUGUAUCAUGAAUUGUUUGCAUUUCCUAUGCAAUGACACAUUUAUCCAUAAUUAUAACAUAACUUUCAAGGCUUCUGCUGGUCUUAAAAUUUAAUUCGCCCUUUCCCAAUUUCAAGUUGUAAAGUCAUAGUUGAAAGGUUUAAAUUCAUGAGGUCAUGGCCAAAAAAUUGAAUAUAUUUCUUAGUUUUUCUAUUUUCCAAUGCAAAUAUCUAACAUCCUGAGGUCAAGCUACAUUUACUUGGAAUUCGACAUGAGGAAAAUAAGGAUUGUUUUCUGAAAAACUGAAUUUUAAUUUUAAAACAUGAACAAUUAUUUGCAAACACAAUAGGAUCUUUUUUUUUUGUCCUGGCCCAUUGGUAGACAUUCAUUCUUGUUUUGAUCACAUACUUGCUUCUCUUUGUAAUCAGUUUCAUCUCUUAGUAAUCUUUGUAAAAAAAAAAAAAAAAAAAAAAAUGUGACAUUUUACCUAAUGUCAUUUUGCUUUGCAUGUAAAUCUUGACUUGAGGAUCUUUAUACAUUUGCACUGGUUAACAAUAGAAAAAUACUGAUAAAGAACAUCACAUCAGAAAGUACAAUGCAAGUUAUAAACUAUUUGGCAGCAGAUUUAAAAACCUAAAUGCACUGGAAAAAAGCUUUCAUUCAUCCAAUUAAAAAAAUAGGAUUAGGGUAAUCGUUCACAUCUAAAUUUUAUCACUUGACCCAAUGAAAAAUAAAUAAUUUGAUAAAUAAACUUUAAUCAAAACAAAAAUUCACAAAAAAUGUUCAAAUAAUCCAAUAAAAAAAAGGGUAAUGCUUUCACAUCUAAAUUUGAUCACUUGAGCUAAUGAAAAAUAAAUCAUUUGCCUUAAACAAUAUUGUUCUAAGUCCAUGAAAGUACAAAGCAUAUUGACCUUAUGCACUGACCUAUAUGAGUAAUCUUAAAAUUUUACAUUGGUCAAAACAAAUACUUCUUAGUAGAGCUCUUAAUCAAAAACAUUUAUAUUCAACCAUGCUUUGAACUUAAAUUUGAUUAAUUGAGAAAUAAAAUACUGAAAUAAAAGAGACAUUUUUAAUUGAAUUAAUUACUUAUAAGUUUUCCAGUGUGCUAUGUUCUUUGUAAAAUGAAAGUAAAGCACAUCAGUAUUUUUUUUACUUCUUCAAUGUAAAGUGUGUCAUUGAUAUAAAUUAUUGUGUACUCUUAUAAAUUUACAUUUAGAGAACACAUCAACAUAUGUAUCUGGUAUCUAUUUGAGUUAUCCGUUAAAUAUUCCUACAUAACUGGGCCUUAAAGAGGUCUAUAAAAAGUUUUACGUUUACCUUUAGAGACCUGUCAGAAACACAAACUUUGCUGUAAUCGUGCCUCAUGGUUUACAAGAAGAAUAGUGAAAUAACAAACCUUAAUCCAGAAGUACUGGUAAAGGAAAUUCUCUGAGCCAUUUCUUAUAUUUUUGAGUUUUAUUUUUAGUUGUCUUUUUGUACAAAUGUUUUUAUUGAUUUAUUUUAUGUAAUUGUCUGCAAAGCCAGAUCAUAUGAGAAUAUUGUUAAGACUAUGUACGAUAUGUGUAUGUGUAGGAUUUGCUAUAACUCUUUACGAAGCCUUCAAGCUACAUACAGUACUUAUACAAAUGUCAUUUUAGAGUAUUAGAGGGAAUAUAAAUUGCAAAAAAACAUCUAAUGAAAAUGCAACCGCACAUGUUUAACACAGUUACACUGUUUUCCAUUAAAUAUAUAUGUAUAUAUGUGGAAAAUAUGAGACCACUUGAAAAUAGUCAGUUUCUCUGGAUUUACGUUUUAUUUAUAGUUAUGUUUGAGUAAAACAUUUGUUUAAAUCCAUAAACUACUAAUGACACUUCUACCAAAUUUUAAAACAACGUUUCCAUUUAGAGCAUUUUUCUCCACAACAAAAAGAAUGCUUUUACUUUCAUUUUAGGCAGUGCAGUACCAAUAAUUUAACUUCAGAAGAGUUAUGACUUGGAAUAACCCAUGUCAUUUUCUAAAAAGCACUGAAAAAUGCUUCUUCAUAGAAUAAAACUAAUAUUAACAAUAUACUCAAACCCAUACCUAAUAAAUCCAGUAAUGUCAGAGAUCCUUUUCAAGUGGUCUCUUGAUUUGCUCCAUAGCUGCAAACAUGCACUAUAGUAUAGUGUACUGUUUUAAUAUAAUAUUAUGUGCGGCGCUUUUCUUUCUUUUUGUUCAUUAUUUGAAAAAUAGAAACAGCCACAUCAGAAUAAGAUUGGUCAAAAUUUCAGCCUUUGAUGAGAUAAAUGAAAAAGGUAUGGCCGACUGAUGAUAUUUUGUCAUUAAAUCUUCUGAUGAGCAAAGCCCUUACCAAACAAGGACCAUUUUGCCAUAUUAGCUCUGACUAUAGGAGACUCAAAAAUAAAAAGCUAUUACUGUACCCAGAA